AUGGGCGAUAACGAUUUUGUGAUACCCGAGAUUAUUGUUGUGUCAGUGGCCCCUACAGCUGACAUUUGUCAGAUAAUCCCUGAAAUAGUCUCAAGCAAACAUAUUUUUAGCUGUGAAGUUUGCGACAAAACUUACAGCCGACAAAGUGCCUUAAAGGUUCAUAUGAGAAAGCACACUGGAGAAAAACCUUUUAUAUGUAAAAUAUGUGACAAGGCUUUUUGUGAGAAUGGGAAUUUAAAGACCCAUAUGCGCAUACACACCGGAGAGAAGCCAUUUCUAUGUGCUUUGUGUGGCAGCCGAUUCACCACACGAGGACACCUUACAGACCAUACGAGGAAGCAUACAAAUGAAAGACCUUUUAAUUGCCCUAUGUGUGACAAAAAAUUCAUGAGGCCAAGUACCUUAAAAAUUCAUAUCAGAACUCAUACAGGAGAAAAGCCAUAUAUAUGUCUAGAAUGUGGGAAACAAUUUACCGAAUCAGGUAACUUAAAAACCCAUAUGAGAACUCAUACAGGUGAGAGACCUUAUAAAUGCCCAUUCCAUAACUGUGGAAAAUGCUUCAAGGCCAAAGGCCAUUUGAUUGAUCAUCUUAAGAUUAAGAGUCAUCAAGAGAGCAGUGGUUUCUUAAAACAAGAGCCAUAA